CAGGCGAGGUGAGGGUGAGUAAGAGAUGAGUCAACUGCCCUCAGCUAUAAGAGAAGCCCUGAUGGAGCCUGGGAGUGACACAUACACAAACCCUAAGAGGAGUACCCGUGCUGUUCUUUAUAUAAACACAGAGAAACCACCAGGUUCUAGACACAAACCUGCACACAUAUUGACACAGGUACACACGUUCAGGCACAUACGCCCAUUCAUCCAGACUACAGAUAUGGACUGCUCCAUGGCCCUCCUGUUGUCCUCUCUGUUGGCUCUGUUCAGCGUGGGGGCGGGAGCUUCACUCUCAUUGCAUGUAGUGAGGACCAAGGUCAAAGACCUUGCUCAAACCAUGGUGAUUAGGAUCAAAAAGCUGGAUAUAUCUCCUAACCUAAUCGAGGGCAUGGACCCUUUUCUCCCUGCAGCUGCAGUAGAUCAGCAUAUAGAAAGUCUGCCUUCCAUAGUGGAGACCAUGGGGUUCUACCAGGACCUACUGCUCUUCCUAGACUGGGCAGACCUCAAACAGCUGGUGGAAGACACCUCCACUAUGAGGGGUCUGCUGGAGAACUGGAUGAUAUCACGCUGCCCAGGCCACCAGCAGAAACAGACAGGAGAGGGAGGGCUGUCAGAGGCUCUGAAAGACACUACCAGGAAGUAUGGUCUGAGUGUGGGUCCAGUUGCGCUAAACAGACUCAAGGGCUACCUCGGUCGGUUACUACUGAACCUGGAUCAGCUGAAUUACUGUUACUAAUGUUGAUCAUCACUGAGCAACUGAACUCAGAUCAGUUUGUGCCAUGCUGAACAACUGUUACUGACAGUGACUGUCACUGAGUAACUGAACUAUGAUCAACUCGUGAUCUGCUGAAAUCCUAGAAUGAGUUGAAGCAAGACUGGACAGUGGGGUCAUAGUGUCUGAAGAUUCUCCAAAAUGUAGGUCAUCCCACUGUCACCAUCUCCCGCUAAGUUAUUAAGACAUUUUAUAUUGUAUUAUUUAGACAAGGACUGUAUCUUUAUUUAUAUUUAUUUCUAUGAAGAAGAGAAAAAUAAGCAGCUUUGUUUUGUAGCAUUAUACACCCGUCAGUCAGUGGCACAGGGGGAAGUGUUUACUAAGCAUUGAAUCAGCUGUAUUGCAGAAUGUACACACACACGUUGCGUAAUGCUGCCUGCUCCAGGGAGGACUAGACUGCAUGUGUGUAGUGAUGUCAUCAUACUCACAGAGAGGUUUUCCUGAAAGCUAAGACAGCCUCUGCCAGGAAACCAGAUGUUUUGAUGUUAGAGCAGUGACAGAGAGGGAAGGAGGGGAGAGAGGGGUCAGUUCUCAAUGACAUUCCAAGAUGGAUUCUCAAUGACAACGUUACAUUGCAUUCAGAUGGAAAUGCAUUGUAUAGAACACAUGAUUGUCUAUCCUGAAGAGCAGUGAGUCAUGUCAGCUCUAUUUCAUUACAUUUCUAUAUACAAUGUUCUGAAUAUUAUUCCUCACUGAACACAUCCCAACUCAUUCUCUUCUUAACAGUAUUAGCACUUAUGCCAGCAGGAUACCAUCAUGCAUCCCACUGUUGGCUUGCCAAUGAAGCUAAGCAGGGUUGGUCCUGGUGGGUUGUUGGAUGAGAGACCAGAUGCUGCUGGAAGUAGUG